CCCAUGCCCUGCAAGCAAUAUAUAAGAUGGCGGCUAUGCAAGGCCAUGUCCUCGUUUCUUACACGAUGCAAUAACAUCCACAGAAUUAUUCGAAAUGCUUGAUAGAGAAUGUGUUUGUGACCUGUCCGUGCAUUAAGAAGAUCAACAAACCAGAUUUUUUAUAGUUCGAAACUUCAGGACCAGGAGAUUUCUACAACUUCUAAGGAUGUGGGCCAAUCCCUGGCCAGCUGCUCAGAUGCAGCAAGUAUUUCAAGGGGUUCCUCAUGAGCAGGUGGACUGGGCAGCACUAGCUAAGCAAUGGAUACAGCAGAAGGAAGCUGUCACCGGCCCCACCACUGUGCCCCCGCCACCUGUACAUCAUGGAGGGGUGCCCCCACAACCCCCCAUGCCUAGCAUGAUGAUGCCCAUGCACUCUGGACCCCCACCCCCUCCACCUGUGGGUCCCUCCAAUGGAGCAGGUGGUGAUGACAUGGAUUUAGACGAUGGGGAACAUGAAAAUGGGCCAAACCAGGCCAAUGCUGCGUUCAACAAUUUUGCAGGACCUGGAAGUCAGCCCCAGGGUUGGGAAUGGGGGUUGCAACAAAAUUGGAAUGUGCCCCCACCUAACUGGAACAUACCACAACCACCUGUUGAAGAAAGCAAAGUUGAAUCACAGACGUACGAGUAUGGCCAUGGUGGUGGGUUUCAACAGUCAUAUGAUUACAACCACGGAGGGGAAAACUUCGACUACCAACAAGAGGGUGACCAGGGUGACUAUCAACCGUAUUGGGGAUCUGAGGACCAGGAGACCAAUAGCCACAAUGAUCGGGGUUUCAACAGUCGUCAUGGCCACGACAGAUUCUCCAUGCCCCAGGGGGAAGAUAGUGGUAUAGAUGCAGCAAAGAGAAAAAACUUACCUGCAUGGAUCCGGGAAGGACUUGAAAAGAUGGAAAGGGAGAAAUUAAAGAAAAUGGAGAAGGAAAGGAGAGAAAAGGAGCUCCAGCAAGCAAAGGAGGCUCGAGACCAGGCGGAGAAGGAGGCUGCGGCCGAGAUCUUGAAGGCCAGGGCAGGGGAGUCUGAUGGAGAACCAAGUCUACCAAAGAAAAGCCGAUUUGACUCUGAUAAUGAAGAAGAGGAGGAGAAGAGACAGCGCAGCAAGUCCAAAUCACCAAAACCAGAAGUCAAACCAAAGAAGAGGAGCCCUUCACCAGAAGAAUUUAAAACAGAGGAGGAAAAACAACUAGAAAUGAUUAUGAAAACAAGGAAGAUGCUGACAGAGGUUUUAUUAGAGGUGACGGCAACAGAAAUGGAAGCAGUGGCUAAGGAAGUGUAUUAUAAGGAAAAGAACAGAGCUGCUAAAGCUCCGGCAAAGCAGCUAUCCAAGUCCACUGCUUUAGCAACCUUGACGGGUCUUGGUCUUGGUGGGUAUGGUUCUGACAGUGACUCGGAGGCUGCGGACCAGGACAGUCAUGACGACAACUCAGACGUGGAGCUACAGGAGACCAUCCGACGCAAAAAGAGGGAUUUUGAGGAGAGACGCAAGAGCCAGCCCAUAUAUGAGGAAGACGAAAUAGAACCAGAGACACCAGCAUUUUUAAAAGAAGCAAUGUCUGAAAAGAAAGCAAGUUAUCCAUUUGAGAACAAAUAUAAUGGAAUUCCUGGUUUGGAUGUGAAACAAGAGGAGGUUGGGGAGAAGGAGGACGGGAGGGAGGGCAAGUCAGACCAAAUGAAAAAGUCUUCAGACAAACACAGAAAGUCGAAGAAAAACAAAGAGUUUUCUAGUACAAGUUCUUCAAGUGGUAGUGAUAGUGAGUCUGACUCGGGAAGUUCAAGCAGUUCUGCAUCCUCAGUUUCUUCUGGGUCUUCUAGUUCACACGAAGGGAAAAGUUCUCGCAAAAAAGUGUCUGCUUCCAAAAAGGAGGUGUCUCGUAGACCAUCGGGUGUAGGUAAGGUAAGCCGAGAGAAUGACACUAGUCUAACUGAGGACAAGGACAGGAGGAGAAGUCGAGAUGAGGAAAGUGUGAGGAAACGUAGGUCAAGUAGACAAGACUCUAGGAAGUCUUCUAGGAGAGAUGAGGGUAGAGACAGACGGGAGGAAAGGUCACAUAGCCGGGAGGGGUAUGGGGAAGACGUAGAGGGAAGUAGGGACAAAUACAGGGAUGACAGUGAAAGUCGUGAAAGAGGAUCAGACCGUAGACACAGCAGACAGAGUAGGGACCAGCGACGACAUAAAAGUAGGUCACGUUCAUAUGACAGGGACGAUAGACGAUACAAAAGUAGGUCAAGAUCACGGGACAGGGACAGGGAAAAACGUAGGCACAAGGAGAGGAGUCGCAGUAGGGAAAGACGAGAAAGGGAGCGUGGGAGGUCGCGAGAUAGGUAUGAUGGACAUCGCAGCAGUGGUAGCAAAUCCAAGUCAAAAUCUAAGAAACGGAAGCAUUCUGUGACGGACGACGAUAGUGAUGAUUAUGUUAAGCAUAGUAGCAGUAAGCACAAGAAAUCCUCUGGGAAGUAUUCGAGGAGUGUGUCACAAGACUCUCGCUCCAGCAGCAGGAAGGCACGUAGGGAAAAACAUGAGGAUGAUAAGGCUAGGAGAAGCAGCGGUAAGAAGUCCAGUCGCAAACAAAGGUCUAGAUCCAGAUCAAGAUCAUAUUAACUAGGAGGAUAAUACAGAAAGUAAAUGAUGAAUUCAAAUCGUGGAAUGAAGUAGUGGAACAUGUGGAUCAAAUAUAUAUAUGUGCAGUGUUAUAUCAAAUGUUGAGUGCACUUGUAAAACUGUGAACAAUCACAACACAUAUGUUGGACAGUGGGAUUUCAGCAUAUGAAGACUUUAAUCCAUGGACAGUUAUCUUCAAAUUUGAUGUAAAUUUUUUCUACUGGAAUAAAAUUCCUUCACAUUA